GGAAAGGGAAGGGAAGGGAAGGUGUGCGCUGUGCUGUGCAGUCUGGACUCCAGGGUCCAGAGUGUUAAAGAAACGGAGCUGAAUCAUUCAUUCAUCAGCGCCCCAGCUCAUCGCCACCUUGUCUGCAGUCUGCUCCUGCCUCCCUUCUCGCCGCUGCUCCAAAACCCCUCCGGCCCAAGCCUGUCUCCAUUGCUCGCUCGCGCGCGCGCGUGCGUCCCGGAAGGAACAGAGGAAGCCGUAAGAAAGAGCGAGAAGAAGUACACAAGAGGAGAAGCGAAUAGGUCAUUAUGCGCCGGUGGUUUUGCUGCACUCAUGUUGACACAUCAUAUCACGAACAUGGAAAUGAAUUUAUGAACAGUCCGGACAGAACAAGCGGGAAUGGUUUUACUUCAAACAGUGAUCCUGCAAAGGCACCUCCUUCCAUUGAAGUACCUAAAUUAGCAUUUGAUGAACUGAAAGAAAAGACAGAUGAUUUUGGUUCAAAGGCUUUGGUUGGCGAGGGGUCAUAUGGAAGAGUGUAUUAUGCUGUUCUAGAGAAUGGAAAACAUACGGCUGUGAAAAAGCUUGAUACGUCAGCAGACCCUGAGCCUGACAAUGAAUUUCUAGCACAGAUCUCCAUUGUCUCAAGAUUAAAACAUGAAAAUUUUGUGGAAAUGCUUGGUUACUGUAUUGAAGGAGAUCAGCGUCUAUUGGCUUAUGAAUUUGCUACAAUGGGCUCCCUACAUGAUAUUUUGCAUGGAAGAAAGGGUGUUGCAGGUGCACAACCUGGUCCUGCACUUGACUGGAUGCAAAGGGUCAAAAUUGCUGUUGAUGCUGCAAAAGGUCUCGAGUAUCUUCAUGAGAAGGUCCAACCUUCCUUAGUCCAUCGAGAUAUACGGUCUAGCAAUGUUCUUUUAUUUGAGGACUACAAAGCGAAGAUUGCAGACUUCAAUCUUUCAAACCAAUCUCCAGAUAUGGCUGCUCGUCUACAUUCUACUCGUGUCCUUGGAACCUUCGGAUAUCAUGCUCCCGAGUAUGCUAUGACUGGCCAGCUGACUCAAAAAAGUGAUGUCUAUAGCUUUGGGGUUGUUCUUUUAGAGCUUCUAACCGGAAGGAAACCUGUGGAUCAUACAAUGCCACGGGGCCAGCAGAGUCUAGUUACUUGGGCAACACCAAGGCUCGGUGAGGACAAGGUGAAACAAUGCAUUGAUCCAAGAUUGAAUGGAGAGUACCCUCCAAAAGGAGUUGCCAAGCUUGCGGCAGUGGCGGCUCUCUGCGUUCAAUAUGAAUCUGAGUUCAGACCGAGCAUGAGCAUUGUUGUCAAAGCAUUAUCUCCCCUUCUUGUAAAUGCACCAUAUCAGCCGCCUGCUGCUCCUGAUACAUCUUCAGAUGCCUGACAACAUGCACAGCUCAACACCCAUGUAAAGAAAUACCAUUUAUUUUCUCGGUAUGCCGUUUUUAUGAAUUACAUAUCUUUCAUAAAUCUGAAUUGUGUUUGCCGGAGAGGAAGGGAAAGAAAAGGAAUAAUACAACUAUUUGUGAACUCAUGUAGCUUGCUAUUGCAAGCAUUGUUUGCCGAUUCCUUCGUUUAUAUGCUUGAGAACUGCUGCAGUAAA